AUGAAACGAAAUGUCAGGACAAAGCUUGAUUGUACUAACCAAUUCAGACCUACAGAUAUACAGAAAAUGGAAGCUGAGAUUGCAGACCGAGAUAAAGCAUACAAGAAAAAUUGGGAAAAUCAAAAUAGACAUCCAAAAUCUAUGCAGCAUGAAUUUAAAAUUAAUGACAAAGUUUUGUUUAAGAAUAGAGAAAUGAAUAAAUGGUCUACACCAUAUGAGAAAGAACAUUACAUUGUCACAGAGGUUUUAGGUUCGAGUAUUAAGGCACAACGAAAAUCAGAUGGACGUAUCAUUUACAGAGAUGCUUCGAAAUUUAAAUUACUACAUGAACCAAAUGAUGACCGUUGGAGACAACAAUUAUUGAGUACCCCAGACAGAAGGUAUCUCCAGCUGGAAGUAUGUGAUACUAUAUCAAAAUGGCUUGCAGAUGAAGCUAGCACUCCAGUGGAGUUUCCAAAAGGUUUAGUUAGAACUGUGUUUGACAAUGAACAAGUGAUUGGAAAAACUUAUAGAAUUAAAGCAGACAGUAAAGUCCCCACAAGUAUUGUUACAAGCCACCUGUAUAUUUGUAUUGACCCAGAAAGUACAAUACAAAAUGAUGAAAAGUUUGCUCCAAGUAAUUGGCUUUUUGAUAAACCCAAUGACCAUCAAAAGGCUUUAUUUCUAAGUGAAGAUGAAAACUGUGUCAAUGUAUUUAGAGUUACUAGGAACAAUUUGAUAUCAAGGUGCCUUGUGUCUGUUGAACUUGAACAUUCAAAUGGAAGUUUUGAUUUUAUUGAUUCGGUUUUAAGUAGAAAAGCAUGUCGGGAAAAGGUCUGCUUGCACUGUGGGGCUGAAAACGAAUUCACAGGUCGAAAAUGUACUAAUUGUAAAGGACCAUUGGUCCAUGAAUGCCAAAAUUUUUCUGACAUAUAUGAUAAGAAAAACAAUUUAAAUCCAUAUUCUUUUUUUUCAAGCAUUGAAACUGAAACACAUAACUUUUCUGUUAAAACAGGUGAGCCAGAUCUAUGCAAUCCUGGGAGUUUUGAAAAUGUUGCAGAAAUUUUGACAAAUGUAUCAGAGAGAGCAGGAAUUACUAAUGACAGAGAGUCUGGUAGAAAAUGGUUAUUUUUAGAAUGUGAUGGAGGUAUAUAUUCAAUAGUAGAUAAACUUAUAUUUAAUGUUUAUCACUGUACACAAUGUGAUGAAGGUUUUUAUGGUUAUGACAACUUUUUAGAACAUCGAUGUAGCAUACUGCAUAACAUUCAGCCUCAGCACCAAUAUGGGUGGCUAGUACCACUACCUGGACUUCUUCAUAUUGAAAUGAACGCAUGCAAAGCAUUCUUUGAAAUAACAUGGGAUGUUGUUCUUAAAGACUUUUGCAUGAAACUUGGUUAUAAUUCACCAAAAGCAUUAGAUUAUGCAAAAAGUUGUGGUGAUCACCACAAAAGCUGGAAGAUACUAGAAAUAUUCUAUCUUGCCGCAGCUGAUGAGCUACUUGUACCGUAUGUAAGGGAAUGUAAAAUUUCAAAUAUUGAACCAUCUGUAGAAGGGUACUGGUUAUGGGCAUCAGAUAUUGAAGACCCAAAUUAUAUGUUUAUACAGCAGAUGGUUUUUACCUAUCUUCAUAGUAUGAUACUGUUUAGAGUUGGAUGUCGUAGGGGUAAUGCAGUUGCUAUAGUUGCAGGGCGUGAAAAGAUGUCACAUUUAUUUUUUGCCAGGAACCACCCCCGUUAUCAGAGGAUCAUUUCACAAAGUAGAUAUAUUGAGGUAAUGAUGCCUGACGAGCUGAAAGAUAUAGUGAAGUCCUCUUUAACUCUAAGUAGAACAGGAAACACUGGACAUUACCAGGGUGGUGAUGCAUGUCUUGAAGAAAUUAACAAAGAGGCCAAAUGUUGGAUCUCACCAAAAGGAAUUCCAUCUGAUAAAGAAUGGCUGAGAGUCUUUCGAAAUCUGGAUAAUUUGAUGACAGUAUGCUAUUUUUGAAUUACUUACUUACUAUUAAAUGAUCAUAUUUUGGCAUUUUGAUAAUCUCAACAAAAACAAAUAUUCAGUAGUAAAAUUUUAAUGAAUUAAAAACAAAUUCA